GACAGGCCUGCAGCGACUAAAGUAGACGUAGAUCAAGAUCUAGAAACUCUAUUCUAGAUCUAACUAGACUCCUACUCUUUUCUACUGAGACGGCUUAGACUCCUAGAUUAGAUUGCGAAAUAAUUCGCAUUAAGUUAUCACACAAUUUAAAAUCUAAUUAUAUACACAAUGUCUAAAAGGCGACACAAAUGGGCAAUAGAAUUUGUCCCAUCUAGCAGAGGGAGGAGUGAAAGAGCUUUAGUUCCUCUGCCACCAGAAAAUUUGCCUGCCCCAAUAGGAUUCAUGGAUUCUUCAGUUGCAACAGAAAAGCCUAAAGAAGCUGAUCCUGGUCUUAUCAUUAAACGUUCAUGGGAUAUAGCUUUAGGUCCAAUCAAACAAGUCCCAAUGAAUAUGUUUAUUAUGUGGAUGGCAGGAAGUUCCAUUUCAAUCUUCCCAAUUAUGAUGGUGGGAAUGAUGUUCUUCAGGCCAAUCCAGGCAAUGUUAGCCAUACAAAACACUUUCAAAAGUAUUGAAGGAGAUCAAGCAGCAUUCCAAAAACUUGUGUAUUGCAUUGGAAAUAUCUUGUGCUUAGCAAUGGCUGUCUAUAAGUGUCAGACAAUGGGAUUACUGCCCACACAUGCAUCCGACUGGUUAGCUUUUGUUCAGCCUCAAGAGAGGAUGGAAUGGUCAGGUGGAGGAUUGUACCUCUGAGGUCAUCAUUACAUUUGAGACUUUAGCAAUGCGUCCUUUCUUUAACCAAUGUUUGGCAUUUAUUGGACUAUACAUCUACAUGGACAAGACUCUAUGUUUUUUGGCUGUGUUCAGAAAAUAACCAAUUUCUUUCAAGGCAUUUAACAAUAGAGUGAACAAAUACUUCAUUGGAUAGGGAAAAUGGAGCAAGUGUUGUGAGUCUGACAGAAUGUGAAGUAGCUUUCUGAAGAGUUUCUCAUGGCUAGUAGAG